UAUUUUGUAUAAGCACAUGGUCUUCAAAACAGAAGGCUUUUAAAUUGUUCGAACUAAUGUAGUGUACUUUAGUUAGUGUACUGUACAUAAAGAAUCAAAUGUAUAAUUUGUAUUAAAAUUUCUAUAUAGUUGUAAAAAAAUAUAUAUGGAGAUAAUAAUUUUUGUAGAUUUGAUUUUGUAGAUUUGAAUUGUAGUUGCGCGUUUAUUUCGUAAUUAUAAUUUCGUAAGAGGUUAUGAAAACAAUAUGGCCGAACUUUUAACAAAAGAUGUUAAUUCAUAAAACAUAUGUCCUCGGCUUUAUAUCUUUUAGAAUUAAAUGAUUUAUGUACAGUAAUUUAUGCUUAUAAAUGUUUGGUUAGCAAAAUUUGUAUAAAGAGAAUAACGACAUGUCAUUAAUGUGUAGAAAGUUGUGCUUUUCUAUUUUAUUUGAGCACUUUGGUCAGAUUGUGCAAUCUGUAGCUGAAGAUUUAUUUAAACAUGGUGCAAGACCAAUAGGAUUAAUUCGUCAUACAACACAUCUUCCUAUAACAAAGAUUAAAGAAUCAUUAUGCGUUUUAAUAAAACAUGGUCUUGUUACGUACAAUCAAGCAGAAAAGGGGAUGGAAUAUUCUUUAAUUGUAGAAAAUGUUUUAUUCAUUCUUCGUUACCCAAGGUAUAUAUUCUUUGUAAAAUCAAUGUGUGGAAAUGAGUGCGAGAUGAUUCUCGAAGAAGUAUUAAUGAAUGGAUAUAUGACAGCUUCAGAAGCAAUCGCAAAGACAUAUAAAAAGAUUGAACAAUCACCUUCUGAUCUGCAACCAUCAGUUCCAGUUUUAAAAGAGAAAUUUGAAUUACUUGUCAAAAACCAGUUUUUAAUGCGCAGUUUAGGUACAAUUGAAGAGAGAAAUGAAAAAUGUAAUUUUACAUUACCAGAUUUGAAUUUGGCUGCUAUUACUAAAAGAAUAGAAGGAAAUGAUAUUGAUUGUGGAGAUAGUAAAAUUUAUUGGAAAGUUAAUUUUGAUCGUUUUACUCAGGACUUUAGGGAUCAAAUUAUUAUAUCAGCUAUAAGCAGACGACUUGACGAAAAUGCAGGAGUGUUGAUGAGACAGUUAUUGAUUCUUAUGUAUUUACGGACAGCAUCAUGGGAAGACACAUCCAAUCCAAUACCUCUUACAGAAAUAAAAGAAGCAGUUAGAAAAGUCGAUUGUCCAUUACUUAUACAAUAUCUUGAUCAAUAUUUACGUCUAAUUGAGGAAGAUUCUAGUCAAUUUUUAAAACGAGUUGGGGAUUCGGGAGGUGGUCAAUAUAGCGUUAAUAUGAAAGAGGCGUUUAAACAAUUAACAUGGACCACAUUAGAAAAUAUUGUAAUGGAGCGAUUUGGUUCAAAAGCAGCCAGAAUUUUUAGAUUAGUGCGUAAUAGAAAGUACAUUGAACAGGAGCAAAUUCAACAACUGGCGAUGAUUCCGGCAAAAGAAGCGAAGCAUUUGACGUAUACUCUCUUGCAAGAGAAUUAUUUACAAAUACAGGAAAUAAAGAAAUCUGGAGUAUCAGCUGCACCAAUAAAAACAUUUUUCCUAUUUCAUAUUGAUUUAAAUUUGGUUGUUCAUAUGGAAGUGGAGCACUGUUAUCAUGCACUGUACAAUAUUAUGCAAAGACGAGAGUAUGAAGCAAGCAGCAAUAAGCGGAUGAUCGAUAAACAAUUGCGAAUGCAAACCCUUACGACUAAUUUGAAAGAACACGGUGCUAGCGAAGAGCAAUUAGCAGAGAUUGCAGAAAUGAUGACACCGUCUGAGAAACAACAAUUAGAAAAAGUUCAAAAUAGGAUUAAGAAAUUAGGUAUUACCGAAUUGCAGAUUGACGAUACUUUGUUCCUAUUGACAAUGUAUUUACGUUACCAUUAAAUAAAGACAUGUUUUUUAAAUA